GUGAAGUCAAAGACCAAAGGAGAAGAUGAUGAUGAUGAUGGUGGUGAUGAUGAUGAUGAUGGUGUGCACUUCAGGUAAAUCUUCUUGAAUCCCUUGUGAAGAUGAGCCAGGGGCCGAAUCUCGUCCUCCAGUGGCUGUCCAAGCUCCACCUGGCCCAGUACGUGGAGUCCUUCCUGGACAAUGGCUACGACGAUCUGGAAGUCUGCAAGCAGAUCGGGGAGCCCGACCUGGACGCCAUCGGCGUCCGCGUCCAGUACCACAGGCACAGGCUGCUGGCGGCGGUGGAGACGCUGAAGGACCACGACCGAAGGAAGGCACCCGGUUACUAUUUCACCUUAGAGCCUCUGGAUGCUUCUGCCCGCCUCCACCUGUCUCACUCAGACUGCAGGACGCACAGGUCACUGCCGCAGGCCGCGGGGGUCCACCUGCCCUCCUGUCCGGGAAACCACGACCUGAGAUUCACACAGUGCAACGACUUUGUGACCUAUCCCAAACUGAAGCUCAAGGUGCUCAUACGGGACAAGCUGGCGAAAGACGGGAUCAACCUGGGACAGGCGCCUUACUCCCACAAGGACGGCUCGGUAGGGAACCUUGAUGACCUGGCCCAGGAGUACUCUCAGUAUUACGGCACCUCCCUCAGUGACGUGUGUGAAAGGAUGGAGGAGCUCAGGAGACGCAAAGUGGAGCACGAUGCAGAGCUGGGAAAGAUUGACUCAGUGGCCACAUCAGUGCAGCUGCGCUCUCAGAUCCAGGAAUCUCUGGGACUCAGCAGCAACACGUCGACUCCAGAGACAGAGAGGAGGUUUCCUGUGCACAAAUCCAGCUCAGAUGAUGGAUCAGGAGGAAAAUGGGACGGAAAGAGAAAGGGCAAGUCUUUUUGGCAGAGUUUCAAAAAGUCACAGAAGGGAGUUCUGCGCCAGAUUUCCAAAGGUGACGAUGUCGGCUUCGUGGCCAGUGAAGUUACCAUGAGUGAUGAAGAGCGCAUCCAGCUGAUGAUGAUGGUGAAGGAGAACAUGAUCUCUAUAGAAGAAGCUCUGGCACGGUUGAAGGAGUUCGAGAACCAAAACAGACACGUGUGUCGGUCCGAAGCGUCAGAGUGGGCCGAUCCCUGCAGCCCCAACGCAAACGAGGCGCUCAGCUGCAACCCCUGUGACCUCUCAGACAACGAGCAAGAAGAAGCAGUGACCUUCAAGAGGCUUCAUAAACUGGUCAACUCCACCCGCAAAGUGAAGAAGAAGCUGAUCAAGAUCGACGAGUCGAGGAAGCCGGAAGCAGAAGAAAGCAUGAAUGUGGAGGGCCUUCCCUGUGGGGAUCCCAGCAGUUCUCUGUAUUCAGGCGUGCAGAGGAAGCCUGCGGCGUGUCCCGUGGACUCCCUGGCUUCAGCCCUGCAGGAGCAGCUCACCUACGACCGGGACUCCGACAGCCUGACCACGUCGCCUUCCUCCAGCAGCAUCGACACCUGCAGCAGCCACAAGAUGUCCCAGGCCUUCGGCAAGUCGCGCGGCAGCCCCGUCCGCCAGGCGGCCGCCGGGCCGGGCGAGCGGGGGGAGGCGGCCGAGUGCAGCGGCUCCUCGUUCUCGGAAACGGAGGGAUGCAGUAACGAGGGGCCGAAACUGGCGCGGUCGGUGACCGACGGGGAGCUCCGUCACCAGGUCCUCAGCCCCCUCGGCCACCACGGGAGAGCCUGCAGUUUUGGAGGAUUUGAUCUGAAUAACCGCUUGGGGCACGCAGUCACCUCGGACGCUAACAAAGAUGGAGAUGGUGCCGCCAAAGACGGUGUCAGGUCUCCGCCAACAUCUCGCAUUUCACUGGGCAAGAAGGUCAAAUCUGUGAGGGAAACCAUGAGAAAACACAUAUCCAAGAGAUACUACAACUCCGUCUCUGAGCAGUCCAGUCCAGACCGAGCGUCCAGCUGCCCUCACUCUCCUCACACCGACUCCGACUCUUUGGAGAAGCCCAAGCUGAAGCCUGGAGGCUCGGUGGAAAGCCUGAGGAGCUCGCUCAGUGGCCAGAGUUCAAUGAGCGGUCAGACGGUGGGAACCACCGACUCCUCCAACAGCAACAGAGAGAGCGUGAAGUCCGAGGACGGGGAGGAAGACGAGCUGCCUUACCGCGGACCCUUCUGUGGACGAGCGCUGGUUCACACCGACUUCACCCCGAGUCCGUACGACACAGACUCGCUCAAACUGAAGAGCGGAGACGUCAUCGAUAUCAUCAGCAAGCCUCCGAUGGGGACGUGGAUGGGGAUGCUCAACGGCAAAGUCGGCACUUUCAAGUUCAUUUAUGUGGACGUCCUGAACGAAGAGGAGGUGAAGCCCAAAAAGACUCGCAGGAGGAGGAGGGCCCGGCAGCCCAAACCCACCUCCGUGGAGGAGCUGCUCGAUCGCAUCAACCUCAGAGAGCAUCUCCCCACCUUCCUGUUCAACGGCUACGAGGAUCUGGACACGUUCAAGCUGCUGGAGGAGGAGGACCUGGACGAGCUGAACAUCAGAGACCCCCAGCACAGAGCCGUGCUGCUCACCGCCGUGGAGCUGCUGCAGGAGUACGACGGGAGCAGCGACCCGGAGCGCAGCAGCCAGUGCGGAGGCUCUCAGGAGAAGCUGCUGCAGGACAGGCGCGGCCUCCUGGGAGAUUCCCCGCGGGACUCGGGCUGCUACGAGAGCAACGAGAACCUGGAGAACGGUAACGACAGCCUGACCCGCCUGUGAACUCUGUUCCUCCCCUCCAGGCCUCCUCCGGCCUCUCGAGAAAGACUCGCCGACCCUCGACGUCACGCUUCACCCUCCUCUGGAAAGACUGCUGUUAUCACACUGAUCCAUCUAACCAGUCAUUCUUUCUUCUGUUUCUUGGAUUACGGAGCCCGUUUACAUGGCAGUUAAAAUCCAGUUAGUGGGAGUAAUCAGAUUAUCGUAGUAAUCUGAUCUGACACGUUUACAUGCACUUCAGAAAUGACAUGUUUCAGGCCGUCAUCGAUCGAUCAGGAGCAACUCAAACUUCCUGUUGCUUUCUAAACAUCUGGUCGUGUCUCAGCAUCGGCGGUCCGGGCAACUUUCUGAGCUGCUCGUUAUACUUGUUGUCUUUCAUCUUCCCACGUCACUUUCAUUUUAAUUUUUUUUUUUAGAUGUGCAGAAGUGAAAUAAUGAAUAAAAAAAAGUAAAUCAGAUUAAUGGGUAUACAUGCUUCCAUAUCUUAAAUAUGUUAAUCUGAUAAAACUCAUGCGUUAUGUUGAUUCACUGAUCUGAUAACUCCAGAAAUCAGAUUUUAAAGCGUGCAUGUAAACGGGCUCGUUGGGUCAGACUCCAUUCAGUGCUUUUAAAAGCUGACAUGCCUUUCUUUUUUCUUUUUUUUUUUUUUUCAAGAAUAAAAUCUACCAGUCAGUAUUAAAAAAAACAAAAACGGAAGACUGAAAAUGUUGGUGCCACACGGGGAUGUUGACUUACACGAAGUGAAGCUGAGCAGUGACGCCUUCACUCUGUCAGUCUGUUCGCUCUUCUCGUAGAUCUCCACACAAAUAGAUCCCCCGUCGUGUGGUGGUUUUUUGCAUUUGCUUAAAAGGGUGACUGUUGAACCGACGUGUGGUGAGAGUGUUUGAACAACUGUAGACUUAACUUAGUUUAAAAAAAGAAAUAAAACUUUCUCAGUGGCCGCGGUACUUCUUUUCUGUGAGUGCUUGCUUUUUUCUCAUGGCUAUAUCACACUCGCUGUGGUUCUGGGGUUUGGCUUCGGUCUGCAAAGCGUCGAAGGACUUGUUCUUGUUGUAAAUGAGAGCUCUGAAUGUCUAAAGUUCAUGUGGUUUAAAGGUGUGUGAUCAGCCAUGCGUGUACAGUCAAAUUCUGCUGUUUCUUUGUAUAUUUUUUUAAUUGAGUAAAAAAAAAAAUAAUAAUAAUGUUGCACAAUAUUUUAUCACGUGCCUGAAAACUGUACAUUGCAGAAUAAUUUAAAUAUUUACUUAGGAGUACAAAUAUAAUUGUUAUAAUUUGGCUUUUUGUAUAACUGUAAAUGCAGAGAGUGUUACUGCGACUGUAAGAUGUUCAACAGGUUAAGAUCUGAUUCGAUCUUCUGACUGAAGCUGUUUUCGAGUCUGAAGUCUCUCCAUCAUUUUGAAGUGUUUCUGUCAUGAUUGAGCGUGAUGAAUAAACUGCUACGUGCUUUA